UCAGUCCGCGGCUGCGGGAGCUUUGCGGAACGGGGCGCGGAGUCAGCGGCGCUGCGGAGCGAAGGAGCGGCUCUCGCGGGGUCCCGGUGCGGCGGCAGUAGCUCCCGAGCUCGCUUCGCGGUCGUCCCGCGCCCCGAGUCCGCCGGGCUUCCCCGAGCGCCGCUCCCGGGUCGGCGGGCCAGCCGUCGAAGUUGCUGCCGGCCUUUUUCUUCGGCGCCGCCGCGGAGGCGAGGACUCUCUGCAGCCAUGCCGGUCUUCCACACGCGCACGAUCGAGAGCAUCCUGGAGCCGGUGGCCCAGCAGAUCUCCCACCUGGUCAUCAUGCACGAGGAGGGCGAGGUGGACGGCAAGGCCAUCCCGGACCUCACCGCCCCGGUGGCCGCCGUGCAAGCCGCCGUCAGCAACCUGGUCCGGGUGGGAAAAGAAACCGUUCAGACAACUGAAGACCAGAUUUUGAAGAGAGAUAUGCCACCAGCAUUCAUCAAAGUGGAAAAUGCGUGCACGAAGCUUGUCCAGGCAGCUCAGAUGCUCCAGACGGAUCCUUACUCAGUCCCUGCUCGUGAUUACCUGAUCGAUGGGUCCCGAGGGAUCCUCUCAGGGACGUCGGACUUGCUUCUGACAUUCGAUGAAGCCGAGGUCCGUAAGAUCAUCCGUGUCUGCAAAGGGAUUCUGGAAUACCUCACCGUGGCUGAAGUGGUGGAGACCAUGGAAGACUUGGUGACCUACACGAAGAACCUGGGACCAGGAAUGACAAAGAUGGCCAAGAUGAUUGACGAACGACAGCAAGAGCUGACUCACCAGGAGCACCGAGUCAUGCUGGUCAACUCCAUGAACACCGUGAAGGACCUCCUCCCAGUUCUCAUUUCAGCAAUGAAGAUUUUUGUAACAACUAAGAACUCUCAGAACCAGGGAAUUGAGGAAGCCUUGAAAAACCGCAAAUUUACAGUGGAGAAGAUGAGUACAGAAAUAAAUGAAAUAAUCCGUGUAUUGCAGCUGACUUCCUGGGAUGAAGAUGCUUGGGCCAGCAAGAAGGACACGGAAGCCAUGAAGAGGGCACUGGCUCUAAUCGAUUCCAAAAUGAAGCAGGCCAAGGGCUGGCUCAGGGACCCCACUGCUCCAGCAGGGGACGCUGGCGAACAAGCCAUAAGACAGAUCCUGGAUGAAGCAGGAAAUGUUGGAGAAUUGUGCGCAGGUAAAGAACGCCGGGAGAUUCUAGGAACCUGCAAAAUGUUGGGCCAGCUGACGGAUCAACUAGCUGAUCUUCGGGCCAGGGGGCAAGGGGCCACCCCUCUCGCAAUGCAGAAAGCUCAGCAGAUCGCUCAAGGGCUGGACUUGCUGACAGCCAAAGUGGAAAACGCGGCUCGCAAGCUGGAGGCCAUGACCAACUCCAAGCAGGCCAUUGCCAAGAAGAUUGACGCUGCCCAGAGCUGGCUGGCAGAUCCUAACGGGGGCAGCGAAGGAGAAGAACACAUCCGAGGAAUUAUGACGGAAGCCAGGAAAAUUGCAGAACUCUGCGAAGACCCCAAAGAGAGAGAUGACAUUUUGCGCUCCUUGGGAGAAAUCUCUGCUUUGACAGCUAAAUUGUCCGACCUUCGAAAACAUGGGAAAGGCGAUUCGCCAGAAGCCCGGGCAUUAGCCAAGCAAAUAGCGACAUCGCUUCAGAAUUUGCAGUCCAAAACCAACAAGGCUGUUGCAAACAGCAGACCCGUCAAGCCAGCUGUUCAUCUGGAAGGCAAGAUUGAGCAAGCUCAAAGAUGGAUAGACAACCCUACAGUUGAUGAUCGGGGUGUAGGCCAGGCUUCCCUCCGGGGACUGGUGGCCGAAGGGCGCCGCCUUGCCAACAUCAUGAUGGGGCCCUACCGCCAGGACUUGCUUGCCAAGUGUGACCGGGUGGAGCAGCUGGCUGCCCAGUUAGCUGAUUUGGCCGCAAGAGGUGAAGGCGACACCCCACAGGCCAGAGUCGUGGCUCUUCAGCUGCAGGAGGCGCUGAAGGAUCUUAAAUCAAGGAUGCAAGAAGCUAUGACCCAGGAAGUGUCGGAAGUGUUUAGCGAUACCACAACCCCAAUCAAGCUGUUGGCAGUAGCAGCCACUGCUCCUCCAGAUGCGUCCAACAGAGAGGAGGUCUUUGAGGAAAGGGCAGCCAACUUUGAGAAUCACGCGGCGAGGCUGGGGGCCACAGCGGAGAAAGCGGCGGCUGUUGGGACAGCCAACAAAAGUACCGUGGAGGGCAUCCAGGCGACUGUGAAGUCAGCGAGGGAACUGACGCCUCAGGUAGUGUCUGCCGCUCGCAUCCUGUUGAGGAAUCCUGGCAAUCAGGCUGCUUAUGAACAUUUUGAGACCAUGAAGAACCAAUGGAUCGAUAAUGUGGAAAAAAUGACAGGCUUAGUGGAUGAAGCCAUUGACACCAAAUCCCUGCUGGAUGCCUCUGAGGAAGCCAUUAAGAAAGACCUGGACAAAUGCAAGGUGGCCAUGGCCAACGUUCAGCCACAGAUGCUGGUAGCCGGGGCCACCAGCAUUGCCCGGCGAGCGAACCGUAUCCUGCUGGUGGCAAAGAAAGAGGUGGAAAACUCAGAAGAUCCUAAAUUCCGUGAAGCUAUUAAAGCUGCCUCGGAUGACUUGAGCAAGACCAUUUCACCAAUGGUGAUGGAUGCAAAAGCCGUGGCAGGCAACAUUUCUGACCCGGGUUUGCAGAAGAACUUUCUUGAUUCUGGAUACAGGAUUCUAGGAGCGGUGGCCAGAGUCCGCGAUGCUUUCCAGCCCCAGGAGCCCGAUUUCCCCCCCCCUCCUCCUCCUCCUGACCUCGAGCAGCUCCACCUCACCGAUGAACUUGCUCCCCCAAAGCCCCCUCUGCCCGAAGGGGAGGUUCCUCCUCCUCGCCCCCCACCCCCCGAAGAGAAGGACGAAGAGUUCCCGGAGCAGAAGGCCGGCGAGGUGCUUAACCAGCCCAUGAUGAUGGCUGCCAGGCAGCUCCACGAUGAAGCCAGGAAAUGGUCCAGCAAGCCUGAAGUGGCUGGUGGGGGGAAGGAAGCCCCCGCCGAGGUUGGCCUAGGCGUAGCUCGGGAGGAGGCGGAGGAGGAGGAGGAGGAGGAAGCAGGAGUUGAAUUCACCCUCCCCUCCGACAUGGAAGAUGAUUACGAGCCUGAGCUGCUGCUCAUGCCGACCAACCAGCCUGUUAACCAGCCCAUUCUGGCCGCUGCUCAGUCUCUGCACCGGGAAGCUACCAAGUGGUCCAGUAAGGGCAACGACAUCAUUGCGGCGGCCAAGCGCAUGGCCUUGCUGAUGGCCGAGAUGUCCCGCCUGGUGAGGGGCGCCAGUGGGAACAAGCGAGCGCUCAUCCAGUGUGCAAAAGAUAUCGCAAAAGCUUCCGACGAGGUGACCCGUCUGGCUAAAGAGGUGGCCAAACAGUGCACGGACAAGAGGAUCCGAACAAACCUUUUGCAGGUUUGUGAACGAAUCCCAACCAUCAGCACUCAGCUGAAAAUCCUGUCCACCGUCAAAGCGACCAUGUUGGGCCGGACCAGCAUCAGCGACGAGGAGUCUGAACAGGCCACGGAGAUGUUGGUCCACAACGCCCAGAAUCUCAUGCAGUCCGUCAAGGAAACCGUCCGGGAGGCCGAAGCUGCAUCCAUUAAGAUCCGGACAGAUGCUGGAUUCACUUUGCGCUGGGUCAGGAAGACCCCGUGGUACCAGUAGGGAGCAUUGCUCCUCCUCCUCCUCCCGGAGCGUUGGGGGGGGGGGGUUUCCACGAGCACCCCUCUUCUGCAGAGCACCUGAAGGGGCUGCCCAGGUUGACACAAGUCUCCUGAAGGCCCCCCCCCACCUGAAGGGUUUUUAAUAAUAAUGCUGGGCUGCUUUGGGUAUCUAAUCUCACUUUAGCUCGUUUCCAGACCUUCCCCCCCCCUUUUGCUUUUGAUCUUUUUAUUUUAUUUUUGGAAACACUAUUUCAACCCAUUCUUCCCUCCUCUACCUCUGACAUGAUUGUGUUUUCUAUGCAACGCAGCAAGGGGCGUUUUGUCGUAGCAUAAUUUGAAACUCAGGCCACCUUUGUUGGCUUAGUUGUUAAUUGUGAGGGACAAUCAGGAAAUCAAGUUUGAAUUUUCAGUUCUCUGCUUUUACAUAUUUUUUUUUUUUAAUGAGAAGAUACUAAAUUUAAUUUUACCCUGUCCAAAGAGAAAAGCACCAUUCCUUUGGCAGAAGAGAGUAAGUUUAGCAAUCAAAAGUCGCUGCUCUUGUUUUUCACUAAUAGCCAUCUCUAAAUGAAACUUUGGGGAAGAAUUUUCCAUAGCUACCGAGUUCCUUGGGCACAAAAAGCUCCUGGCCAGAGCUUAGGAGGGGAGUACCUAGGCUUCUUGCCACCAAAAUUUGAUCUGAUGCUAGAAUGGAUUUCCCUCGUUUUGCUAAACCAGAGGAAAAACAUGGAGGUACCAUAGUAAAAACUCUUUCCGUGGUCUCAGAAAUGAUUCACUUUGGGCUUUAUGAAGCACCGCCGUGAAAACACUGAGGCCGCCCCUUGCAAAUCCAGCUGCCGUCGUUGGGAUCUGCUUCCUUACGAAGGGCUUCAGCCAGAAGACACAGCGGUCUGCUCGGAGGAUUUUGGCACGUAGCCCUCAGCAUUGACAACAGGCUCUUGGGUGUUACCUCUUCACUUUUCCUACGCAACCUUAGUGUUCGUCUUUUCUUCCUUGGUGCAAUUCAAAAACUAAAUUCAAAGGAAUUACCUUUUCAUGCCUUCUCUUCAAACGGCAAGAUCCUGGCUAUACGGUACUCACAAUUGCCACAAUAUUGGAUCUUGGCCACAGAAAAGGACGGGCAACCUUACCUUGUCUGGCCUUUUUGGUCUGUGUGAACUCAGGAGGAGGAGAGGAUUUUAAGGGGCCUCCCUGGUGCCUUUUAUGGGAGGCGUUUUUCCACCUCAUAGUCCAGCCUUUCGAGCGUGAGCUUCUUAAGUCACUACCAUUUAAUAGCUUGACUUUAUAUUAAUGCAAUAUUAUUAAUGCCUUUUGAUUACACAAGUUUAUACCAAAGAUUAGCUUUUGUUAAGGGAUGUUUAAAGGAAAGCUUUGAAUUGUAUUUGACUUGGAGAGUGCUUCACAAUAUUUACUAAACUCAAAACUUUGUAAAUGUUAAUAUCCUCUACACCUUAUGCAAUUAUGCUUUCCUAAACACUCCUGCCCAUCAGAUUGAAUGUCAGGAGCAUUUUGCCACUACGUUUGUUUGUAAACCAGAAUGAUGUUGCAUAUGCUAAUAUUUUCAACUUUCUCUGUUCUGGUGAAAUAAAAUGAAAAUGCAUUUCUAUAAAA